AUGAGCAUGAACUCGACUAUUGUGUCAGGGAUCCUAGAUCUUCCUCGAGGACCUCAAGGAUAUGCUAGUAAAGAUUCUGCUAAAGUCACAACUGAUGAUUUUGUUCACACAGGUUUUCGAGGUGAAAAAACUACUAAGAAUGUUUUUGGAAACAAUGUGACAUUAGCAUUUUCAGAUGUGUUUCCAGCCUUUAAUGGUUUAGGCAUAUCUAUGGCUAGGUUAAACUUUGCUAUAGGAGGAGUAGUUCUAGUACACUCUCAUCGUACAUCAGAAGUUCUUAUUUUGGUUAAAGGUUCAAUCAUUGCAGGAUUUAUUGAUACAAACAACACUGUAUAUUAUUAA